CAGGCGCGUCCCGGCCGCGGCGGCCGCUGAGGGUCGGGCGGUGCCGCUCCCCCGGCCGGGUGUCCCCGUCGGGCGCUCCCCGCGGCUCCGCCAUGUCCAGCGGCUGCGUGGCGGAGGAGGAGGAAGAAGAAGGAGGAGGCCGAGAGCCGCGCUGUGUGUCGGCGCGGUGCUCCUGGCCCUGCGCGCCGCCGGGCGGCCUGGCCCGGGCGCUGUGCCUGCGGCGGGGUGCGGGGGACGGCGAGCCCGGCAGCGAGGCCGUGGUGGCGGAGCGGCGGGCGGGCGGCGAGGAGCCCUGCGAGCUGCGGCUGCAGUGCCGGCCCGGCGCCGAGAUGGUGUCCGUGGGGAUCGUGAGCCAGGCCCGGAACAUGGAGGUGUACGUGGGCGAGGAGUACUGCGGCACCGGCCGGGGACAGAACCGGGGCACCCGCCCGGGCCUGGGUGAAACUGAUGAGGCUACUUUAUACCACAAGUACCUUAAGUUUGAAUGCCCUGCAGCCUCCUGUAGAAUUAAGCUGCUCUCCUUUGGUGAGAAACACAGAGUACUCAUCAGUAAAAUAAUUCUAGAAGUGAAAGCAGUGUCUGCAAAACUAGCAACUGAUUUUCCUUCACUAGGAUCAAGCAUAGAUCUAGACAGAGUGCAAAGUAUAAUGGAAUCCAUGGGAUCUAAGUUAUCUCCAGGUGCUCAGCAGCUCAUGGACAUGGUCCGGUGUCAGCAGAAAAACAAUUUCCCUCUUGGAGACAAACUCAGUUGGAUCUUGGGGAACAAUUCCAACUUUGGGAGUGACCGUGCAAUAGAUGGAUUGCGCAGUGCAGCUCUUCAGUCAUCACUGAGUCCAUCAGCCACUGAACCUUUGCCUGUUAAAAAUCAUUUAACAAGUGAAGCAGUGUAUAAAGAUCUAAAAAUAACUCGUGAUCUGAACUCAGAGGUACCUGAAAGAGGGAAUACUUUGGAUUCUGAAAGACUUCCUACUCAGCAAAAUGCAGUUGACCUCAGGAAUGACUUGAAAGUCGGGGGAUCUUUGCAGGUGCAGCAACAAGCAGGUGAAACCCCAAACGUGGCCAACCCACAGGUGCUUCUUCCUUUUCUUCAAAACUUGUGCACUCAGGUGAAUCACCUUCGGCUCAAGGAUGGAGAGAGGCACCUCGGGAAGAGUGCAGUGGCUAAAGAGGAAGGUGUUCAGAGUGCUGGAGUGGAACAACAGCCUAUUUGCUCCUAUUUGGAAAAGAUCAUUUCGAAAAACCUGGAUCUGAUGGAGAAGAAACUAAUGGACUAUAUUGACUGCCAAAUCCAGGCUCUUCAGACACACAUAGACAAUAAAAUGUUUCUCUUGAUGGACUUGGUUCAGAACUCAAAGCCAAACAAAAUCUCCCAAGCACACUAUGAUUCUAAUGAGGGGUUUUCUAAUGGAGAGAGGUAGAGGGAUUCAGAAGCAGGGUUUCAAUGUGAACACUUUAAGAGUAAUUACACUUUACAAAGCUUAGUAUUUAUGCAGUUAAAGCUAUAAAGAACCUCAGUGUUGUUAACUUGCAUUUUGUUACUGUAAUUCUAUCCACUGUUGUACACACUUGCUAGUUUUAUGAAAGAUCUUAAGACUAUGUGCUUUUUCCUAAAUAUGAGAGUUUUGUAUGCCCUUUGUGGCUUAUUUAUUUAAAGAACAUUGCUAGAAGAUGUAUGAACAGUUCCCCAGUUCCAGUUUGAAUAAUGGAGUACUCUAAAUAAACUGAGUUACUGCUUACCUUUUUACCUACAUGUAAUCAGUUCACUUUUUUGGGUUGUAUUAAUUUUUGUUGUGAAAUGUAUUAUCAGUAGUACAGAAUGUAGUUUGUGCUUUUGUUGAAGAUGUUCGAGCUCUGAGAGGAAGGUUGGAUUGUCACUUCCUGAUUUGGGCAGUUUAAGGAGCUGUCUUUAGAGAGCUGGGGAAACCUGAACUCAGCCUGGGUUCUUUGGAAGCUUUGUUGGCUGUACAGGCACCUAAAUUAGGAAUCCAGGCUCCUUAAGAGAUACCUAAAACAAGCCUCUGAUACCUUUUUCCUUCCUAAACUACCCAAGCGUGCAGGAACAAGUGAAAUGAAUGCUUACUCAGCAGUCUUUGUCCAGGUUUCAUUAUCCUAAGAAGUGCAAGUACUUCACUGAUGGUUCCUCUCAAGUGGAUGUUGUUCUCAGACUGGAUGUGCUGGGGUAGCUCCAGAAGACCAGAGGAGUUUUCCUUACUGCAUCACACUUCCUUUAACCUGUUGGGGUCAGUUUUGCUGUCAUUUGGGGAGGUAGGAAUGUGACUCCAAAUCCCUCUUCUGUGGAAGGCUGAGUUUCAAACUCCAUUCUAUUUGUUGCUCUUGGAUUCUGGGGUGCACCAUUUAAAUUGGAGGGUGUAGGGACUUUAUGGUAAACCCCUCAGUUGGGUGCACAAACAUUUUUGACAGAAGCUAUUGUUGGGGAAGCAGGUGUUGACUCAAAAGCAGCAUAAGCAUGUACGAGCCAGUGUCCUUAUUUACCCUGCCUGAUAUUUUCUUCUCCAGGAAAACUCAUAUUUUUUGAAGACUGUCAGAUCCUGAUGGUAGUAAACCCAGAGAAGUAGAUUUGGAAGAGAGGAUAAUCUGCUUUGAAAAGACUUCUUGCAGUUGUCCCUGAUUUUAACUCCUACCAGUUUUGGGUUUUUUUAAAACAAAAGGAUCUUGUACUUCAUACCUGUAAAGGCAUAAAGUCUAUCCUCAGGUAGACACACUCUUUUUCAACUCAGUGACUUGAGAUAGAGUACUAAGAUGAGCGGUUUUUGGGCUUGGAUUUUUUAUUUACUAACAAAAGAAGUUGAAAUAGAUUUCUGAGUGUCGUUGAGUUCCAGUGCUGUUAAUUUAAUGAUUUUUUAUUUUUUCUCUCUUCCCUUCUCUGGGUGACAAAUAUGAAUAGCAGCUGACACUAAAUAGAAAUCUCUAGAGUUAGUUAAAAUGAGCUCUGGACAUUUUGAUAGCUGUAUCCUACCUGGUGUCUGUGAUGUUUUAGUAUCACAGCUACCACAAUGAGGACAUUUGAGAUUAAAACCACAAAUCCCAGAGUGUAGAAGUUGUAUUGUUGCAGGUUUGGUGUUUUUUCAGUUUCCACUUCAGUGAGGGAUUCUGUGUAGAGAGAAAAAUGAAGUGUUAAAAGUUUAGAAUACUAUAUGAUUUAACUGGGAAUUAAACUUUUUUUCAGAUAUUUUCAUUUGACAUGACCCACACAGAGUGCAAAUCCUGAAUAUGUAGUACUGAAGAGUUGUAAAAAUUGGUAAUAAAACAAUCCUGCAGAACA